UAGCAUAAUUUCUUACCCGUGAACUGCAGAUAUGUUUAUCUUGUUACUCGCAUUGGUUUUUUUACCAGCUGCUUCCUCCGACGAUUACAAUGCACUUCACUUUGGAACCUCCAGUGACGACUACGUCGGGUUUAACUUUGACAUGGCACCAUUCAGAGACUCGCUCUCUCUCUGUUCGUGGAUGAAACGUGUAGACACAUCCACCUCCAAUCCGGUAGUGUUUGAGUACCACACAGGUUACAAUGAGAUCUAUAUAGGAUCUGAUGGGCGAGUCAACCAGGUAGUAAGAGAUGGAGGUUUGAAUAGCCUGAAAAGUAAGUUUACAACACCUGUAGAUAGGUGGUUUAGUUACUGUUUAACCUGGUCACUAGCCACGAGAACAAGCAAGCUGUAUCUGGACGGUAAUCUAAUAGCCACGGCUCAGACUCCAUCUGGGAGAGCAUUGACAAUGGGAGGGACCUUGUUCUUCAAUAGACUCUCUUAUUCUAAAAACUUCUAGUUUCAUUUUUGGAGGGCAGAUCUCCCAAUUUAACAUUUAUUCGGAUGUUCUGAGCUCUGAAUCAAUCCAGAAAAUAGCAGAAGGGGGUCUUUGCUUUGAUCUGGAAGAGUUCUCAGAAAUUAGGGUUCUUCGUUGGGAAGAUAUUCUGGACAGAUCAAGAAAUGGAAAUGUGAGAGAGAUUACAAUGUGUGAUUGGAGGAGGAAAUUAGAAGAUCGUUUGAAGAAACCGCUGGAAGAUAAGCUAGCAGAGAUAACUGGACAGUACAAUGAAACAAAGACACAACUGAGUAGGAUGGAAAGAACGCUGGAGGAAGUAACUGAAAAACUGAACUCUACAGAGGAGAAACUGGAGGUAGUAACUGGACAGCUCAACUCUACAGAGGAGAAACUGGAGGUAGUAACUGGACAGCUCAAAUCUACACAAGAUGAGCUAGUAGCUGUGAAAGGUGACCUACAGACGGAGGCAUCUCAACAUAACGUGACGGAAGAAAGACUGGAUGCCUGCUCCAGAAGACUCGCAGAAACGCAAAGCAAGCUGGAGACCGCCAGAACGUUGGUGAAUAUUAGCAGGUGGGAUGUCCUGUACACCCCACCUUAUUUCAACAAAGUGCUGACUGAGGAACUGUUUCAGCAGCUCACCUUCAGUUGGGAUCCACUGAGAAAGUUUGUAGGCACUAACUUGACUGACGGUGUGGUAGAGCACUUCAGACAAUACCACAAGGAGCCAGAGUGUGAUGCAUUUGAGCAGUUCUCAUCUAGCAUGCUUAGACAUUUUCUGGGGGUAGAAAUGACGUCAGGUAUUAUUAAACAUUUCAAGGAAACUCACGAGGACUCUGCGUGUAACAACAACACAGAGAGUUAGAAUUAGAUUACUGGAACAGCUCACCCGGAACAAUUGCACUUCGCAAACUUAUUUUAACAUUUUUCGUUAUUCAUCUGCCAGCAUUGAUUUCUAACAAUUAUCGUACUAAUAAUACUUAUAUAUGUAUACGUACAUACUGACUCUAAAGUGACUCGUCCUCAUGAACUUCCAAUAUUUGAUUUCAAUUCAAAUGAUUGAUAUGUUUGAGACCACCUGAUGGAAAUUAUUCAACAUUCUAUUUCUACGUUAGAUAUAGCGUCAUUCUCUGAUAGGAUUUGCACUGUUGUACAAAAUGUGUUAAUCAUUCAUGAUUGAAUUAAUUAAAAUAACAUUUAAAAUAUUUUGAUACUGGUAACAACAGUUGUUACCUACAAUGUGUAAGGAUAUUUUGCCGAAAGGUAAUUAUAUUUGACUAACAAAUUCAC